UUUUUCCCCCUUAUUCCCGCUGCUCUGCCUCCAGAGCACCAUCCAGAAGCACUGGUGUGUGACAAGAACAGCUAUGAAGACAGUAAAGCAGUGCUCAACCACUUCGUGACGGCAACCCAAACACUGCUUUCAAAGCCAGUAGAAGCUGGGUACCUUCAGAGAGGAGAUUUGAGGGACUCAGUUUUAGACAAAAUCAAGGGAUGUCACAGGAAGCCUACAAAUGAGAGAUACUGAAGCGCACAAGAGCUACAAAGGGAUACGGCGAGUGACCGAAGAGUUGUCGAGAAUCAGACAGACUUUGACUGCUGAGUGAGUUGGAUUUCUUUGGAAUUCUUAAGGGAAUUGCAGGUGGCUGAAGAACUUCACUGAACUCAGAUUAAUUCUUCACUAAAACGAAACUUUAAAAAGGACAAUUAUGGCCAACUCUGGGUUUCAGCUUCUGGGCUAUUUUCUCGCUUUGGGUGGAUGGAUUGGCAUCAUCUCCACUACGGUGCUGCCCCAAUGGAAGCAGUCCUCUUACGCAGGGGAUGCCAUCAUUAUGGCCGUGGGCUUGUAUGAAGGCCUGUGGAUGUCCUGUGCAUCUCAGAGCACGGGCCAGGUGCAGUGCAAGAUCUUUGACUCCUUGCUCUCUCUGGAUGUCCAUAUUCAGACGUGUCGAGCACUGAUGGUGAUCUCAGUGCUAAUGGGAUUCAUUGCUAUCAUUGUGAGUGUGGUCGGGAUGAAAUGCACAAAGGUUGGUGACAACAACCCAUCCACCAAGAGCAAGAUCGCCAUCUCUGGUGGGAGUCUGUUCCUGCUCUCAGGUUUGUGUACGCUGGUGGCUGUGUCCUGGUACGCUACACAGGUCUCCUACCAUUUCUUCGACCCAAAUACACCCAUAAAUGCCAGGUAUGAGUUUGGCCCCGCCCUCUUUGUUGGGUGGGCGGCGGCCAUCCUGAUGAUGUUGGGCGGCUCAUUCCUCUGCUGCUCUUGUGUUAACGAGGACAGAAGAGGACAGCAGUUCUACCGGCAAUCUCAACCCUCUACAGCCAGGGAGGAUGAGUUGUUGAGUGAGACUAGUUUCCCUGACUGACCAUCCCUCCUUGCAUUUAUUCGAGGACUGUCUGAGCUCCACUCUCUGUAUCUGUGUCCCUCACUCCCACCUAGAAUCCAAAUUUGGACACUUGUCUGUAUGAUUGGACAAAUGUCCCUUCUACACCCUAUAUACUUAAAAUCUAUGUGCCUUUUUUUCAACAUCUGAUCAAUAAAUAUGUUUGAAAAACUGUUUGCCCAUAUCUGUUGUGUGCAUGCCCCCCAAAACUUUAGAACCCUUUGUUUGUGAUCCAUAAACCGUCUUUGUAAGUAUGUAUUAUUGUAGUAUGUAUGUGAAAAAAAAGAAAACCUACAAAGCAUGGACUGUUUCACUGUAAUACAUCUGAAACGGUGGAUCUGCUUUCUGUUUUCUUUGUAACUCAAACAUGUUUUGUUUUUCUUUUAAAUUGCAGAGCAAAUGUUAAAAGUUCUCCACCAGAGAAAGGGGAGCAGUACUUGUAGUUUGGGACAGGGCGACUUCGUGGGUCACAAGCUGUUAGAUUUUGGCAACAGACAAGACACUCUUUCGGUAAAAAAAGUGACGAACUCCAGUAAAAAACUAAUGCUAUAUUUAGAAAGGCAGCUGACAUGUUUCCCUGUAAGACAGACAAUGCAGAGGUUCAUUAAACCAAGCAAUGCAUUUCCAAACUACAUGACUUUGUACUGUAGCAUAAAAAACAAAUGUCAGAAAUUUGAUAAGGAGUGAGCCACAACAGCAUGAUCGCCACUUGUGCGACAAAUAUGCCAUUUUUGUUACAGAUGGAGCUUGUUAUUCUUGCCGAAAAACUAUAUCACUCAUUUGGAGAGCAUUGAUUCAGGGUACAUUAUAAUGCAUUUAAAUAAUUAUGCAAAUCUUCAACAUGUGCAGUGUAAUAUACUUUGCUAUAACUGUGUUUUGACUCACAAAUAUCUUUUAGUUUGCUAAUAGUUUUCUGCCUUGGCGUAUGUGAGAUGCAUGUUUUACCCGUGGUAAAAUCAAUUGUUUGUUUCUUUUUUUGUUCAUAAAAUGUAUAGUACAUAAACUUUAAGGGGUUUGUCGCUGUUGAGUUCGCUUCAAAAAAAAAAACACCUAUGCGACAGAUACAAUUAAAUCUCUUUUAAUCUCUCUAGUGCACUUAUGAUUUGUCUUGGUGAAUUGUAUUCAGCCUGCAUUGAAAGGCACUGUUUAUCACAAAUAAUGUCUUUAAAGUGGUCGUGGAGUCUGUAGGUUGUCAUUAGAAAUGUUUUCGUUCAUGUUCCACCAAUUAUGUUACCUAAUAUUCAAUUAUGUAUCAUCUCAUAUGACGUAUCAAGCUUUCUGUUUAUCUGUUUUAAAAUAAAAUAAUCUAUACAAAGAUGUA